UUUUGAGAAACUCAAACUGAGCAUGUUCUACUUUUAUCACUUAUCACAAUUUUUUUCCUUCUAUCUUCACGGGCGGAUUCUUUUCCUCUUUCCGUUUCUUAGAAACUCUGUCACACACAUGGCCUUUUUUUUUUUUUAAGUAACUUUUCUUCGUCUUUUAAAUUGAAUUUCUCUGCUGAUAUUUUCUGCAAACUGUUUUGUUAAAUUCUAAAUGGGUUUCUCUCAAAAGGAGGAGCAUUAAAAAAAAUCCCAACCAACCAUAUAGAAAUGCAUUGUAGAUUAGUAGUGGAGGAGACUUGCAAGUUGCAAGUGACCUCAAAUUACUGGCCGCCUCUUGUGGUUGAGUGAGGAAAUCACUGGGAGCCGUUGGCUGUCUGUUGGUUGGGUUUUUGUUUUUCCAAGGAGAAAUCUCAGAGAUUUUGAAAAAGAGAAAUGGAGCCCGGAAAUCAAUACAAGUCUAUGGAGAGAGCUGUUUCACAGAAGGCACUGCAAAUGGGUAGCUCAUUUCCAUGCCAAAUUUGUGUGGUGGGUUUUCUCUGUGGAGUCUGCCUCACCUAUUUCUUUCUGGCUGCUCUUACUUCGUUGGGCUCUUUUGGGUUUGGUCCUAUUCCAUUCUCAGUUUUUUCAGCGGCCAAUUCAACUUCGACUUCAGAAAAAUUGGAUUGCAAAUUUCAAGUAAAAGAAAGAGAGAGAUGGGCUGAAUUGCAAAGAAGUAAUAGAGAGACUGAUGAUGAGAGAGUUUCAUUAUUACAUUCUGCUUGGAGUGCAUUGCUUCCUGAAUCUGCCGAUGAAGAAAGUAAGUUCUUGCAAAGUGUUGGCCUGAGCAAAUCCAUUCUGCCCAACGCUCCUCAUUUGGAAAACUGCAAAUUGAGUGCUCAGAUGAAUAAGCAUCUCGAUCAGUAUGCUGAGAACAAGAGUUUCCCUACCUGGACAUCCUGGAAGGGAUUGUUAAACAUGUAUCCGGCAUCUGCAAAUCAAUCGAGUUAUUUUAGGCAGCAAGAUAUUUCAGAAGGUGCCUAUCCUCCAUGGGUCACUGGAUCGGAUGAAGACAAUUAUCCCUUUACAAGGAAAGCGCAGCGUGACAUAUGGAUUCAUCAGCAUCCAUUAAACUGCAGGGCUCCUAGUGUAAAAUUCCUAGUUUCUGACUGGGAGAGAUUACCCGGAUUUGGCAUUGGUGCUCAGUUUGCAGGGAUGAGUGGCCUUCUUGCUAUUGCAAUUAAUGAAAAGAGGGUACUUGUUACCAACUACUAUAAUCGGGCUGACCAUGAUGGUUGUAAGGGUUCUUCACAUUCCAGCUGGUCUUGCUACUUCUUCCCAGAAACUUCUCAAGAGUGCCGAGAUCAUGCAAUUGAGCUAAUGUCCAGUAAAGAAGCUUGGGAAAAGGGUAUCAUAACUGGAAAAGACAACUAUAAAUCAAAGGAAAUCUGGGCUGGCCGGAGUCCUAGGGUUUGGGGUGACCCGUGGAGUUACUUGCAGCCAACAACAGAAAUAAAUGGUAGUUUGCUGGCCUAUCAUCGUAAAAUGGAUCGACGGUGGUGGAGAGCGCAGGCAAUACGCUACUUAAUGAGAUUUAAAACUGAAUAUACAUGUGGCUUGUUAAAUGUUGCUCGCCACACUGCAUUUGGAAAGGAAGCUGCAAAAAUGGUUCUCAAAACUCUCGAUCGAGAUUGGCCAAAGGAAGCCACAAACAAGCCCAUGUCAGAUAUUGAAAAGUACGUCUGGUCAAACCACGGCCCAUUGAUCCCCAGACCAUUACUUAGCGUGCACGUAAGAAUGGGAGACAAGGCAUGUGAGAUGAAGGUGGUUGAAUUUGAUGAAUACAUGCAGCUCGCUGAACGCUUGAGGAACCGGUUUCCGCAUCUUAACAGCAUUUGGCUCUCUACUGAAAUGCAGGAAGUUAUCGAUAAAUCAAGACGUUACCAGCAUUGGAACUUUUACUACACGAACGUGACACGACAAAUCGGAAACGCAACAAUGGCUGUGUACGAGACAAGUCUUGGAAGGAAAACCAGCACAAAUUAUCCCCUUGUUAAUUUUUUGAUGGCAGUGGAAUCAGAUUUUUUCAUUGGAGCAUUGGGUUCUACAUGGUGUUUUCUUAUAGAUGGCAUGAGGAACACAGGAGGAAAAGUAAUGGCUGGUUACUUGAGUGUUAACAAAGAUCGGUUUUGGUAGGCCAUUAUAAGAUUUAUCCUUAAUUAGCCAGCACAUCUUGUCCUUGUAUAUGGGUUGUUUCUUGUACAUAAAAUGAAUGGUGAUUGAAACUUACUAUCAAAAUCAAGAACUUGUAGACUA